AUGAAAAUGAAAGUGAGCAUUUCAUUAAACCCUACAAAUUUAGAGAACCUUUCCAACUGCUUCUCUCUCGCCAUGGAGAAGAGGCUUACCUUAAUUCAAACGGUGGCGGCAGCAGGACUAUUCUCCGCUGUCUCUUUCUGGUAUGGCUUCAUGUUUGGAAGGGAAUCCGCACGCAAGGAUCUUGAAGAACUCAUCGAUCAUCUCCGUCGCGGCAGCGCCAAGCCUGAUGGUUCCGCGCCCAACGAAAGUUCCUGAGAAUCUCGGUGAUGGAACUUUUUCUAUCACUUUUCUAGCACGAUUACCUCUUCAC